CGUCCGUGCAGAGCUAUCAUCUGCUGGCGCCUGCCCUUGGACAGCCUAGUGGUGUAGUGCCAUUGCACAUGUGUGCGUCAAACGUAGGUGCGGGCUGGAACCAUGGGCCAAGUUGGGUCUAGGUGGAUAAGGUAUAAGAGGAAAGACACAGCGUCACGGUUGCCCGUGUCUUUGAUUGCUAUUCCUCUCUUGUCCUCCUUGAACCAAGCUGUGUUUGCAGCAUGGCUCAAUUUCAGGCUGAGUACUCGGCUGAGAAGUUCGCACCUACCCAUCACGAAGAUCUCAAGGGCGAUGACGCGCAUCAAAUUGCAGAGCGCGGCCAUGCUGCCACUGACAUCUACGGACAUGCCCUGAUGCAAUUCGAUCCAAAAGCCGAGUCUCGGCUGAGAUUGAAGAUCGAUUUGUACAUUGUUCCAACCGUGGCACUCUUGUAUCUCUUCUGCUUCAUCGAUCGAGCGAACAUCGGGAACGCACGACUGGCCGGGUUCGAGAAGGAUCUCAAGCUCACUGGUUAUGACUACAACUCAGUCCUCUCUGUCUUCUAUAUCAGCUACAUAAUCUUCGAGAUUCCAUCCAACAUUUGCUGCAAAUGGAUCGGCCCAGGGUGGUUUAUUCCAAUCAUAUCCCUUUGCUUCGGCAUUGCAUCCAUCGGCACCGCCUUCGUCCACAAUAUUCACGCCGUCUCUGGCGUCCGCUUCCUUCUCGGUAUCUUCGAGGCCGGCAUGCUCCCAGGUAUCGCGUACUACAUGUCUCGCUGGUACAGACGUUCUGAACUCGCCUUUCGCCUCUCUCUCUACAUAGUUAUGGCACCCCUUGCAGGAGCCUCAGGCGGUCUGCUCGCUUCGGCAAUCCUAAAGCUCGACUCUUUCGGCUCGCUGACGCGCUGGAGAAUGAUAUUUGCGAUUGAAGGCAUUAUCACGUGUUGCCUGGCGAUCAUAUCAUUCUUCACGCUAACGGACCGCCCGGAAACCGCGCGAUGGCUUACACAGGCGGAGAAGGACCUGGCUAUUGCUCGUGUCAAGUCAGAGCGUGUUGGGCAGAACGAAGUUCUUGACAAGCUGGAUCGCAAGAAGACGCUUCGCGGCAUCUUCAACCCAGUCGUGCUCACCACCUCGGUUAUUUUUCUUCUGAACAACAUCACCGUCCAGGGACUGGCUUUCUUCGCGCCGACAAUAGUGCGCACAAUUUAUCCCAAAAGCACUGUUGUUGCCCAGCAGCUCCACACUGUGCCACCCUAUGUCGUUGGAGCGUUCUUCACAGUACUCCUUCCGUUCCUAUCCUGGCGCCUCGAUAGACGAGUGGUGUUUUUUAUAUGCGGAGCACCCUUGAUCAUGCUAGGCUACAUCAUGUUUUUGGCAUGCCACAGCCCGCAGGUCCGCUAUGGAGCAACCUUCCUCAUCGCCUCAGGAGCCUUCUCAUUUGGCGCUCUCUGCACCGCGCAUGCCUCCAACAAUGUUGUGUCUGACACAGCACGAGCGUCUGCUAUCGGUACAGUCGUCAUGUUUGGCAAUAUUGGUGGUCUGAUCUCCACCUGGAGCUUCUUGCCAUUUGAUGCGCCCAAUUACCGUAUUGGUAACGGAUUGAAUCUGGCGACCAGCAGUAUGAUCCUGAUCUCUAGUACCUUGUUGCUGCUUUGGAUGAAGAGGAGUAACAAGAAACGGGAGAGUGUUAAUGUGGACCAGGAGCUGGCGGGCAAAUCAGUGGGAGAAAUUGAGGAUCUGGACUGGCGACAUCCGUCUUUCCGAUGGAGGCCUUGAGAGUGGGAUAUGAUCUUUCAUCGGGACGGAUCACAUCUGAGUUUUGGCAAACUGUGAGAUCAUGCUGUUCAACAUGUAGUUGUCUGGACUGUAUAUAGUUAGCAUAUGUAGCUGUUAGGCACUCGAACAGG